GUACUCAAUAUUGUUUUUUGUAUGUCCGUGAUGCUGACAUCUAAGGGUAGGAGAGCAAAAAGCACAAGGGAGAAAAACAAACAGUUCGUUUGAACUUGUUGCUGCAGUGUCGCAACCGUAAUGACUCAACCGUUGAAACCUGAAUAUGUCUGUAUUAAUUAACAGCCAAUUUGAAUUAAUUCUUGUAUAAAAUAUUGGACCAACCUUGUGCUACAAAACAGUUUCAGUUUUCGUGUCUCUCUGCAGUGACAUUUCUAUAGGUGUGUAGAAAUAGUCGUUAUCGAAAAGCACAACAGACUUGAUAACGACUUCGAUCUCUGUGUACAGUAAAUAGCCUGUUAUCCUGCUGUUUGAUUUUGCCUGGUAGUCUCUGUAUUGAAGGAUGCGUGUUUGCGCUACAGCCACAUAACAUGAAGAAGUUUUACAUGAAUGCUGUGACGAUGCAUUUUAUCCAAACACCCAGAUGUUUGACGUAAAGGACGUCGGCACCUAAGCUCGCCACAAACAAUGGUCUUGGGGUUAGGAUUUGGAGGGUAAUUGCUGAUGCACCUCAGUACAUGCCCUAUCGGUACCCAAAGUAAACCCUGUGGCCUCCACCCACAUCCCCCUAUUCCCACAUUGUAAUCCUUCACCAUGCUGGAAGGACUUGUUGCCUGGGUACUCAACACCUACCUGGGCAAAUAUGUCAGCAACCUUAACACUGACCAGCUCUCCAUUGCCCUGCUGAAAGGGGCAGUCGAGCUAGAAAACCUCCCUUUGAGAAAGGAUGCGCUUCGAGAAAUUGAUCUCCCGUUUGAGGUCAAAGCUGGCUUCAUUGGGAAGAUAACUCUCCAGAUCCCAGUCUACCGGCCGCACAGCGACCCCUGGGUCGUCUCCAUGUCCCAGCUUAACUUGAUCAUCGGGCCGGCCAACCUUCAGGACUUUGAUGAGCAGCAAGAGAGGGAUUCUGAGCAGGAGCGCAAGAAGCAGCUGCUGCAGGCACUGGAGGACAAGUGGAAGAAUGAGCGGGAGCAAAAGGGCGAAUCCUAUUGGUACUCUGUGACCGCGUCAUUGGUCACCAGGAUAGUGGAGAACAUCGAGCUGAAGAUUCAAGAUGUUCACUUGCGGUUUGAGGAUGAUUUUUCCAACCCGUCUAAACCGUAUGCCUUCGGCGUCUGCAUAAAGAAUGUGUCUGCGCAAAACGCCUCUAAGGAGCCGGUACAGAAGCUCCUACGGCAGAAGCAGCUUGAGAUCCGGGAUUUCUGUGUGUACUGGGACACGGAGUGCUGCAUGCUGGGAAAUCUUCCUGCAGCAGAGAUCCAGGAGGCCAUGACGCGAUGCAUGCACAGCAGAGAGCACCAGUACGUCUUUGAGCCAGUAUGCGCCUCCAUGCUGCUGCGCAGGAAUGCCUCCAAGGAGCCGCUGCGAUCCCGCCACACCCCGCGCAUUGAGGGCCAGGUGCAGUUGGAACCCGUGUCCCUGCGCCUCUCGCAGGUGCAGUACCAGCAGGUCAUGGCCUUCCUGAAGGAGCUCGACCGCCGCGAGAGGGAGAUGCGCUUUCGGAGGUGGAGGCCCCGGGUCCCCGUUUCUGGAAACUCCCGGCAGUGGUGGCGGUUCGCCGUUGACGCCAGCCUGAGUGACGUACGGGAGCGGAGGCGGCGCCGCAAUUGGGAGUUUGCCCUGCGGCGGGCAAAGGACGCGCAGCUGUACACCGGCCUGUACAUGGACCGGCUUAAGGGGAUCCCCCUGGACCCCAUGGAGGAGAGUGACCUGGAGAGGGUGGAGACUGAACAGAGUCUGGAGGAGCUUCAGUGUCUCAGGGAGGUCGUCCAUCACCGCUUUCGAAAGCAGGAGGAGAUCGCAGAGAGCCUUCGAGAGCCCAUGUCUGACGUGGCCGCCUGUUCCCCCGCCGACUCCAUCCCCAAGAGCGGCAGCUCGGGCAUGCUGCAGUACCUGCAGUCCUGGUUCCCGGGCUGGGGGGGCUGGUAUGGGGACUCAGACCCGGUCCCGGAGGGCAGCGUGGAGGCUCAGGCAGCGGCUGCUGCUGACAAGCUGUUGACUGACCAGGGCACAUGGGACAUGCUGGCUAACGCUGAUGACCUCUUUGACCCACUGGAAGACUCCCAAACUCUAAACACCUUCACCAGGAGGGACCACGUUUUUGCACGUCUUGACUUCCUCCUCGAGACGGGGGCUGUCACUCUGCUCCACCAGGAUGAGAAGGGCUCUGUGCCUCAUGACAGGGGUGUCGCCCAAACGGGGGGGAGUGCCACACCUCUUGAGAGAGGGGUCAUUCAGUUAGAGUUCUCAGGAGUGAAGAUUGGUUUGGAGUCACUUCCCCGAUCAGAGUCUUCUCUGCUGUCUUUGAAACUUGGAGGGCUCUUUCUGAGGGACCUCACUACCCAGGGAACAAACUUCCCUGUGCUCGUCUCUCCAAAACUGGAUAAGGUUGCUGUGGGCAUCAACCAGACAUUUAAUCAGGCAAGCGGUUCAGAAACACCCAGCUCAGACCCAGACCAGUCAUCAGCAGCACCAGUCUUUGAGAUGAUCUAUGAGCGGAACCCAGCAAGAAGUCGUUUUGAGAGGCGCCUGGAAGUGAACACUAGCCCUCUCAAUAUCAUCUACAACCCACAGGCCAUCAAAAAGGUGGCUGACUUCUUCUACAAGGGCCGGGUCCACACCUCCGGUUUUGGUUAUCAGUCUGAGUUGGAACUGAGGGUAGCAGAAGCCGCCAGGAGGCAGUACAAUAAGCUGAAGAUGCAGACCAAGGCCGAGAUCCGGCAGACGAUUGACCAGCUGCUAGUUGGCGAGUUCAUUGAGAACAGCAAGCGUUGGACCAUGAAGCUGGAUAUCUGUGCCCCUCAGGUGAUCUUCCCAGAUGACUUUCAGUCUGAAGACCCCAUGUUAGUGGUUGUGGAUUUAGGUCGCAUUCUUCUGACUAAUUCUCAAGAUGAACCCAAGACAAAGCUGAAGUCCCCUCAGUCGGAAGCAGAUGAGCUUAGUGACGAAGAGUACCAGACUCCUCUGGCCACGCCCCCUGCGUCUCCCUCUCCUGAGCCAGAAAUGGAUCUUGUAGAUUCCGUGAAGAGCACAGAGCUUCCCCUCUGGAAGUCGGAGGGCACACUGCCGUUCAAUCGAAGGCUCUACGAAAAGUACUCAUUGUCCUUCAAUGACUUGCAGAUCAUGGUUGGCCGGUACAAGGACAACUGGAAGCACCUCCAGGAAAGUGAGGUGGGGCCAACUCAUGUUGUUGAGAAAUUCAACGUCCUACUGAAGCUGGAGCAGAGGCUCUGCUAUACUUCUGACCCUCAGCUCCCUGGUGCAGUUCUAUCAGGAACUCUGCCUGACCUCAAAGUGCAUGUUAACAUGGAGAAAAUGUUAGCUCUCCGAAGCUGCUUAGCUAGUCUGAGUAGCGCAGGAGAAGAGGAGGACACUAGUCAAAAGAUUACAGAGAAUGGAAAAUCGCCAGACCCUGUAACACUGCGUCAUGAAAAAAUAUUCCAGAGAGAGGAUGGCCUUCAAAAAUCUCAGGGGUCUUCAAAAAAUCUCACUCAGAGUGUGAUGACACUGGAGCAACACACAAGAGAGGUCCUGGUGGAAUCAAGGCUGCUUCUUGCAGAGUUCAACAUUAACUACAUGCAGCUGGGGAUUGAGAGUGGUGGCCGAUAUAUUUCUGUACUUAAAGUUUUUGGCACAAAUGCCCACUUUGUGAAACGACCUUAUGAUGCCGAAGUUUCCCUCACCGUCCAUGGGCUCCUCCUGGUCGAUACCCUACAGACUUACGGUUCAGACUUUGACCUUUUGGUGGCCUCCCACAAGCAUCUCAGCUUUGAUGUUCCUACAGGCAGCCUUAGGGAGAGCCAGCCUUCCUCCCCAAUUUCACCUGAUGGUAAACUUAAUGAGUUAUCAGAUAUUCAUGGAGAAUCCUUGCCAGAUUUUGACAAAAUGUCCCAUUUUAGUUCAUUUCUCAAAGACCAGGAUGCCCUCAUUAAGCUAGAGUACCAGUUUGUCAGCUCUGACUGUCCAUCUAUGAACCUGGACAGCUCCCUCCAAGUGGCCACCAUGCAAGUCAACAAUCUUGACAUCAUCCUAAACCCAGAAACAAUGGUGGAACUUCUAAAGUUCCUCCAAAAUUCUUUCCCUAAAGAAGAAAUCUCCUUGACUCCCUCACCCCAACAGUCUUAUCACAAGCCUGAUGAAGGUUUGAAUGAAACCUAUCAGUCUACUUAUGAUCAGAACACAGAGGUAACUGUGGAGAUACACCGAUUGAACCUGUUACUCUUGCGCACUAUUUCCACUGGCACUGUACUGGGUGGAGAGAAGAAAGGCAUGAAAAUUGCCACAGCCAGCAUAAACAGUACCAAAGUCAAUGUUUCCAUGGGGGGGAGUCUUGAUGUCAAUGGUUCUCUUGGAUGCAUUCAGCUGGUGGACCUAACUCAGGAAGGAGGGAAAAGUCAGUUUGUGGUCAGCAUUGGAAAUGUGGAAGAUCUUCCCCCACCAGGGGAGAUGGCCCUCUUCUCUGGUGCUGCUGGAGCACCGUCGGAAGCUCUGAAUUUCCAUCUUUUGGAGAAAUCACAAGGGGAGUGCUCCCUACAGUUGCAGAUGGCUUCUUUGCACUACAACCAUUCCGCUAAGUUUCUGAAGGAGCUCAGUCUCUCUGCUAAUGAGGUGGAGGACAACUUUCGCUCCAUGUUGAAAUCGGCAGCCACCAAAGUGUCCACAGUGCUUGCGACAAAGACGGCAGAGUAUAGUGGCAUGGUAUCGAUUUUUGAAACCCCAUCCAGGAGGUCCAGAAGGCAGAGUCAGUGCAAUUGUACCAGCAUUUUCGAAGAUGAGGCUGAUGUUCAGGUUCCAGUGGAGGAACCAAAAGUAGAUUCUUUUAUGGUCAAACUCAAUUUAAACAUUAGCAUAGACUCCCCUGUUGUUUCCAUCCCACGAAAGCCAGGCCACCCAGAGCUACUAGUGGGACAUUUAGGUAGUAUAACCAUUCAGAAUUGUAUGUCUGAGCAGGAUAGCUCAGAGAGGGAAAAGUUGCAGGUUGAGGUUAAAGACAUUUGUCUGUACUCACUCAACACCAGUCACUUGGUCCUCCGCAAGGCCACUCGUGCUGACAGUAGCUCCACCUCCAAUUUCUCACCCAGUCAGAAUAAGGGCAGCAGUCAGGAGGAGCUUCAGUUCACACGUCAUGACUUUUUCGAGUCCCUGAACCGUGGGAGAGCUUUUCACAUCCUCAAAGACACCACGAUCCAGUUCACCCUUGAGAAAGUUCCUGUCUCAGAUGACUUGCAGUUCUCCUUCGUCUCUAACGAUGAGCCGUUCCUCAGCGCAGGACAGCUCAGAGUAGAGGGCAGAUUUGUCAAUGCUGUACAGGUGUUUCUCGCCAAGCCUGUAUAUGAGCAGGUCUUACAGACCCUGGACAAUCUGUCCUUUAUUGAAGACGAUCGAGCAACACCGAGUCAGCCCCCAACUCCGCCGCCCCCCACUCCAUCCUACGCCAAGCUCCCUCGCUUCCCAGAUUCGCAGGGCGGGCUUUUUGCACACGACCCUCCCUUUGCUGGACUGUCCUAUGCUUCCCUGUCCUCCUCCCUCUCUACGCCCAUUCCCCUGCUGGGCCACAGCCCUUCCCUCCAGCCCCCAUCUUUUACCCAGUUAAGGGCCAACUUUCGAGUGGCAGAGUUGCAGGUGCAUCUCAGUGCUGACCUCAGCCAGGGCUCUCAGGGCCUUGUCAGCUUGUGUUUCCAGGAUCUGGAGGGGGAAUUCACAAAGGACCAUCCUCAGUCUUUGGCAGUUGAGCUCACCCUUCGUUCUCUGCUAAUGGAGGAUCUCCUGGAGCCCAAUCCAGACUCAAAGUACAAGCACCUCAUGGUUUCCAGGGGUGCCCCAAAGCCCUCCACCUUCAGCCGCAAAGAGUACCUCUCACAGUCCUGCCCAACGGCAUCCAGUGUCCUUUACCCUGAUAUGCCCCGUUCCCUCCCAGCCCAGAUGGAGGAGGCGCAGAAUGUCUUCCAGUUCUACCAGAGACACCCCAACACACCAUCUUCUGGUGCUCGGAAAACUGAAGACCCAGCUUGCCCAAGUACCCCUCCUCCUUCCCCAACCCGCAACAUCCCGGCAUCUCUCCCGGCCCCAGAUUUUGACGAUUCCCUGGUCCGCAUGAACAUCCUUCUGGUGGACAAACGUCAUCCCGAGUUCAAGAGCCGCUAUGGCAGUGUCAGCCGCAGUGUGGAUGUGGACUUCAACUGCCUGGACGUUCUCAUCACUCUUCAGACUUGGGUGGUCAUUCUCGACUUCUUUGGCAUCGGCUCCACAGCAAACAACCAUGCUCUGAAAGUUCCUCUGGACCCAACCCAGGAGACGCAUAGUCACCAGCCACUUUACACCUGUACAGAAGAAACAGGAUUAGCCUAUGAGGAGGAAGAACCGGAGAGGGUCAACACCAGGCUUGACCUGAAGGUCCAUUCUCUAUCCCUCGUUCUCAACAAGAAAACCAAUGAACUCGCCAAAGCUAGUGUCUCCAAACUGUCUGCCCAUUUAGAGAUGAUUGAGGGAGACUUGACCCUGCAAGGCAGUCUGGGAAGUUUAUCUCUCAGUGACCUGACACCACACGGAGACCUGUACAGGGAGCGCUUCACCACACGGGGCGGCGAGGCACUCGUUUUCAACAUCCACAAGUAUGGUGAGCCAGACCCCUUCCUGAAGCGUCAGUGCGACAUGAAGGUGUCUCUGCAGAUGGCCUCGGUGCAGUACGUGCAUACGCAGCGCUUCCAGGCAGAGGUGGUAGCCUUCAUCCAGCACUUUACCCAGCUGCAGGACGUCCUGGGCAGGCAGCGGGCCGCGAUGGAGGGCCAGGCUGUGCGGGAACAUCCUCAGCGCGCGGCCCGCAUCCUCCUGGACAUCGAAGCCGGUGCCCCGGUGCUCCUGAUUCCAGAGAGCUCCCGCUCGCCCCGGCUCAUCGUGGCCAACCUCGGCCAGCUGCGAGUCCGUAACCGCUUCCUACCUGCCGGCUCAUGUGGUACAUUUUCCCACAAAGACAAGGACCGUGUGAGAAAUGUUCCCCCAGCACCCAGCACUGUGCCCAGGGAGGAGUCUCCGGAGCCGGCCUCCAGCGGCACUGGCACUGGCUUUUCCCUGGGCCGGCCCCAGCCUGCCCUGGGGAAGAUGCCUGCUGUGGAUAUUGUUAGUCCUGAGGACCACGUGUGCCUGCUGGACUGCAUCGCCCUGGACCUGCAGGAGAUGGACAUCUUUGCGGCGGAGCGGCUGCCCUGCGAGUCCUGGGACGGCACCAGGAAGCCACUGGAAGGCGACCUGCUCUUCCCCUCAUACUCGGUGCGCCGCACGGGGGGCAGCCUGCUGAAGGAGCGCUGCCGGCUCAGCCUGAAGGUGGAGAGGAACCUGGACAAGGAGCUGAGCCAUUCUGUGCCAGACAUGUCCAUCCAUGGCAGCCUGUCCUCCGUGCACUGCUCCCUGGACCUGGACCGGUACCGGCUGAUCCGGGGGCUCCUGGAGAACAAUCUGGGGGAACCAGUGGAGGAAUUCCUCAGACCCUACAACCUGCAGGACCCCAGCACCUAUACGGUGCUGAGUGGGGAUGUGUACACCAGCCUGUCCUUCCUCGUUAACAUGAUGGACGUCAGCCUGGAGCUGCUCGACGCUCCGGCUGCUGCGGGUUGGACGCGCUCAUUGGCCAGGUUCGACUUCCGCAAGUCCAAGCUGCUGUUUGAGAGCUUCUCCAAUGGGUCCAAGUCUGUGAACCUGGUGUCCCACUCGCUGCUGGCGUAUGACACGCGUUAUGGGGGGCCUGACUCCGCCCCGGGCACCAAAGCCUCUGGGGGAAAGCGCAACGUGUUCCACUGUAUCCUGCAGCCCUCCAGGACCGGGGCCAACCGAGCCUCCCUGCAGAUGGAGCUGCACUACAGGUCCACCCGGGACGCGUCCUGCUUCACCGUGGUGCUGAACAACUUGCGCGUCUUCCUCAUCUUCGACUGGCUUCAGCUGGUGCGCGACUUCCUGCGUGUGCCAGCCGAAAGUGGCGCUGCCCAUGGGAGACAACGCUGCCCCAGUGGCGGCAGCGAUGCGGGAGCCCCCCCCACCGCCGUGAUGCCCAAGACAGUCAAGAGUGGCGUGGUCACCAAGAGGUCCACUGUGCCGGUUACUCAGGAACGUCACCUGGAGAUCAAGGUCAAUGUGACGGGAACGGAGUUUGUGGUGGUGGAGGAAUGUUCCUGCCAGGACACCAACGCCAUCAUCCUGAAGGGCACCACUGUGCUGACCUACAAGCCUCGUCUGCUGGACCGGCCUUUUUCCGGGAGCCUGGCUGGCAUUGAGGUGUUCUCCUGCCGGCUCGGCAGCGAGCAGGAGACGGCGCUGUCCAUCAUCGACCCCGUCAAUGUGCAGGUAGAGCUCUGUGGAAGCCCCACCUAUCAGAGCAGCUCCGGCCUCCUGGAUGCCUUCAACAUGGAGGACAUCCCCCCCCUGCUGGAGAUUCAGUUCCCGGCCCUGGACAUCCGUCUCUCCUACAAUGACGUGCAGCUGUUCCUGGCCAUCGCCAAGUCCAUCCCCACCUCCAGCUCCCUGGCGCCCAGUGACCCCGCCCCCUGCAAGCCGCCGGGCCCAUCUGCAGCCGGCCCUGAUUCCUCUGCAAGUCAGAAGGACCUUUUCAGGCAGAAGACGCAGGCCUUACUGGAGGGCCAGCUGGCCCGCCUGCAGGACCUGGGUUUUAAGAAGGAGGACUGUCGAAGGGCCCUGAUCCUCUGCACAGGGCAACUGGACCAGGCCGCCACGUGGCUGCUGGAGAAUGCGGAGAUGAGCACCUCGUCAGCAGAGGGGGGGGGCGACUCGGCGGGCCACUCCAGCCACCCCCUCUCCGGGGUGGAAGUGAAGGCCGAGAACGUGUGCAUCUGCUUCAUCGACGACUGCCUGGACUGCGAUGUCCCGCUGGCUGAGCUCACCUUCUCGCGACUUUAUGUACUGCAGCGUAUCGGCUCCACCCAGGAAGGCAACGCCAGUUUCACGCUUUCCGGAGACUACUAUAACCGCGAGCUGUCCGGCUGGGAGCCCUUCAUCGAACCCUGGUCAUGUUCCCUCAUCUGGCAGCAGCAGGCGGCGGGGCGUUUGCACCCCCCCCGGCUCAGGGUGAGCGUACGGGCCAAGCAGAGGCUGGACAUCAACAUCACCUCUGUCUUACUCGAGCAGUACAGCACCACCAAGAGCUCCUGGCUCGCUGAUUACUGCAAGGAGAAGGAUGAGGGGGUGACGGCCCCCUGCUCCGCACCCAUGCCCUGGAUGGGCUCCUCUGUGGACCCGCCCUCUGUUGGCCAGAGUCUUCCUCUUUUCUACCUUAGAACUAGGAGCUCAGCCAGCUUGACUUGUCUCGAGCAGCAGAUUCGUGCCAGAGUGGAUGUCAAGCUGUCCAAACGGAGGCAGCCGUUUGUGCCCUAUGCCCUGCGGAACCACACCGGAUGCACCAUGUGGUUCGCCACCCUCACCACCACGCCCACCAGGGUGGCGCUGUCGCACAGUGGCAGUGCAGAUUCCAUUUCUGAUUCCCACGGGCCAGGUCUGGAUGACACUCACAACGUCAGCCAGUGGCGGGAGGUGCUGCCGGGAGAGGAAAUCCCCUUUGAGUUUGAGGCCCGGGAGAAACUGAGGCACAGGCACACCCAUGACCUGAAGCUGCAUCAACUGCUGGUUCGUGUGGGAGGCUGGGAGCAGGUAAAGCCUGUCUCCGUGGACAAGGUGGGGGUGUUCUUCCGCUACGCUGCCCCUGAUCGUAACAACCAGUCCAGCACCGUUGGCAGCCCAAUCAGUCGGACCAACAUUAUACAUCCUCACGUCUACUUCUCAGCCCUUCCACCAGUCAGAGUGGUCUUCUCCAUCACCAUGGAAGGCAGCGCACGCAAGGUCAUCACAGUACGCUCAGCGCUCAUGGUCAAAAACCGGCUGGAGGUCCCCAUGGAAGUUCGCCUGGACAGUCCGUCUGCCCCCGACAAGCCAGUGGUUCUUCCCCCAAUCCUGCCUGGCGAGUCCCUUGCUGUGCCCCUGCACCUCACUUCCUGGAGGCUGCAGGCUCGGCCAAAAGGCCUGGGCCUCUUCUUCUGCAAGGCUCCGAUCCAUUGGACCACUGUAGAGCGGCCCGGCGAAGUCAGCAGCAGUAAGAGGGAGUGCCAGUCGGUGGACUUUGAGGACCACCUCAAACGCAGCUUCAGAUUCUGCGUGGUGAUCAAGAAGGAGUUCUACCCUGAGCAGCAGCCGGCGAAGGCCGUGCCAGGGGCACCCAAGCAGAUAUACCGGCAGCCUGGCCACACCAUCUACCUGCUGCCCACGCUGGUCUUGGCCAACCUGCUGCCGUGUGACCUCAACUACUACCUCAAGGGCACCACCAUCAAGGGCACCAUGAAGCCCGGCAGGGAGGCCGUGCUGCACGCCGCAGAUACCUCCCAGAACAUGGAGCUGGGCGUGCUGCUGGAGAACUUCCCCAUAUGCAAAGAGCUGCUGAUCCCACCGGGAACCCAGAACUACGUGGUGCGGAUGCGGCUGUAUGACACCAAUAAGAGCCUGCUGUGCCUGACCAUCCGCAUCGUGCUCCGCGCCCAGGGAGCCCUCAAGAUCCUCAUCUCCUCCCCCUACUGGCUCAUUAACAAAACCGGGCUCCCCCUGAUCUUUCGCCAGGACAACGGGAAGACUGAUGCAGCCGGGCAGUUUGAGGAGCACGAGCUGGCAAGGAGUCUGAGCCCGCUGCUCUUCUGCUACACGGACAAGGAGCAGCCUAGCAUGUGCACGAUGCGGAUUGGGAAGGGCAUCCAUCCAGAUGGCGUCCCGGGUUGGUGCCAGGGCUUCUCUCUGGACGGAGGCAGUGGGGUGCGGGCAGUCAAGGUCAUCCAGCCUGGGAACCGACCCGGACUCAUCUACAACAUAGGCAUCAACGUGAGGAAGGGAAAGGGUCGCUAUCGGGACACGCACAUCGUCACCUUCGCCCCCCGAUAUCUGCUGGACAACCGGUCCUCCCACAAACUUGCUUUUUCCCAGCGGGAGUUUGCUCGAGGAAAGGGCACUGCCAACCCAGAGGGCUACAUAUCAACUCUUCCUGGCUCCAGUGUGGUCUUCCACUGGCCCAGGAACGAUUAUGAUCAGCUGCUCUGUGUGCGUCUCAUGGACAACCAGAACUGCACCUGGUCAGGAGGCUUUGAGGUCAACAAGCCCAAGUCAUUCCAUGUCAACAUGAGGGACACUUUAGGAAAUUGCUUCUUUCUUCGUGCUGAAAUCACCCUCAAGGGAGCAACCUAUCAGAUCUCCUUCACUGACACCGACCAGCUGCCACCACCCUUCCGUAUCGACAACAUCUCUGAGGUGCCCAUCCAGUUCUGGCAACAUGGUGUGAUUGACCAUCGCCUGCACACGGAGGUGAAGGCCGGAGCCGUCCUGGAAUAUGCCUGCGAUGAGCCCACACUCCCCCCUUACCUCAGCCUCACAGUCAAGGGGGCAGGGUCGUCUGAGGUCACAGCGGACAUGAACUUCUUCCGGGAGUACAACAAGCUCUACUACGAAAACUUUAUCUACAUAGCGGCCACAUACACCUUCUCUGAGGAUGCUGAGAAUAGACCCGUCGGGAAGAAAGGGGCUGUGAGGUGUGCUCAGCUAGUGCUGGACGUGGAGACCAAGACCCAGAGAGUCAUCCUGAAGAAGAAGGAACCAGGGAAGCGCUCUCAGCUCUGGAGGAUGACUGGUUCGGGCAUGCUUUGUCACGAAGGCUCCUCCCCCCCUCAGAGUAAACCCGCCCAGCCCCGCCCUCUCCACUCCUCCCUCGUCCUUGACAUUGCGGGAUUGGCUGCCGUCACUGACAACAGCUACGAGCCUCUCAUGCUGAGGAGACCAGACCCGCGACGGAGCACCACUCAGACGUGGCACUUCUGCUCUGGCAUGCUCACGUGUGGCCUGCCCAGACUGGUGGCUCAGGUGAAGGGCGGGCUUCCCGGGCUAUACGACGGGGCGGAGGUCGUGCUCGGACCCAAUCUAGCACUCCUUGACCUCCCCCCCGCGCAGCAGUUUGUCAACCAGAAGAUGCGCCCGGGCUCCGGGGUGCUCUCGGUGCAGGUGCUUCCCGACGGGCCGACUCGAGUCCUGCAGGUGAGCGACUUCAACCAGCACCACAUGACCCAGCACGCCUCGGGGGCAGAGGGGGAGCACAGUGAGGAGAGCGAGCAGGCCGGGGCCCCGGAGCAGGAGCUGGAGGUGCUCGUCAGCCUGGAGGAUGGUCUGGCCCUUUCCCUGGUCAACAAGCUGCCAGAGGAGCUUGUGUUAACCACGCUGUCGGGCAUUGAUGUGCACUUCACCCGCACGGCCGCCAGCCAGGUGCUGGAGCUCAGCGUGCAGAACAUCCAGGUGGAUAACCAGCUCCUGGGCACCACGCAGCCAGUGAUGGUGUGCGUCACACCCUGCUCCGGUGAGGACAGCGUCAUGGAGACAGGCCCAGCCCUGCAGGUCAACUCCGUCAAGGUGCCCAGCAGCCUCUCGUUGACUGAGCUUUUUAAGCAUCUGAUGGUGACCACCUGCCACUUCACGGUCAUCGUGGAGGAGAAGCUGCUGCUGAAGCUUCUCACCUUUUUCGGUUACGGCCAGUCGGUCGCCGAGCUGGAGAAGCUGGAUGAGAACCUGUAUGAGAAGCCCAGCGAGGAAGGUGGGACUCCCAAGCACUACUACUUUGAGAACCUGAAGAUCAGCCUGCCACAGGUCAAGCUGAGUGUCUUCACCUCUCACAAGCUCCCCCCGGACCUCAAGGCUCUGAAGGGAACUCUGGGAUUCCCCCUCAUCAGAUUCGAAGAUGCCGUCAUCAAUAUGUACCCUUACACCCGGGUCCAUCCCUACGAGACUCAGGAGAUCAUCAUCAACGACAUCCUGAAGCACUUCCGGGAGGAGCUGAUGGGCCAGGCAGCCCAGAUUCUGGGCUCAGUAGACUUCCUGGGAAACCCCAUGGGUCUUCUGAAUGAUGUCACCGAGGGCGUCUCUGAGCUUAUCAAGUACGGCAACGUCAGCGGCCUCAUCCGCAACGUCACCCAUGGCGUAUCCAACUCUGCUGCCAAGUUUGCAGGAACCCUGUCAGACGGGUUGGGCAAGACCAUGGACACAAGACACCAGAGUGAGAGGGAGUACAUCCGUUACCAUGGCGCCACCAGCGGAGAACAUCUGGUUGCGGGGAUCCAUGGAUUGGCACAUGGCAUCCUGGGAGGCCUGACCAGCGUCAUCACCUCGACCGUGGAAGGCGUGAAGACAGAGGGCGGCGUCAGCGGCUUCUUCUCCGGCCUGGGGAAGGGUCUGGUGGGUACCGUGACCAAGCCGGUGGCCGGUGCACUGGACUUCGCCUCGGAGACGGCCCAGACCGUGCGGGACAUGGCCAGUCUGAGCAACCACAGGCUCGGCGUACAGCGGGUCAGGAAGCCGCGCUGCUGUAAGGGCCCCCAGGGUCUGCUGCCCCGCUUCUCGGCCACCCAGGCGGACGGACAGGAGCAGCUCUUCCGCCUAACGGACAACAUCCAGUCUGAGUUCUUCAUUGCCGUGGAAACCAUCGACACCUACUCCGUGCUCAUCUCCUCCAAAGUGGUGUACUUCCUGAAGCCAGGAGAGUAUGCCGACCGUGAGGCCAUCUUCUUGGAGGUCAAGUAUGAUGACCUCUACCACUGCCUGGUCUCGAAGGAUCACGGGAAGGUCUACGUCCAGCUCACGAAGAAAGCCGACAACACCAGUAGCGGAGUGGCCAUUCCGGGCCCAUCACACCAAAAACCCUUGGUUCACGUGAAGAGCGAAAGCCUCGCCAUCAAGAUAUCUCAAGAGAUCAACUACGCCAAGAGCCUAUAUUAUGAGCAACAGCUCAUGUUGCCGCCCAAUGAGAAUGAAGAUAGCCUGCUGCUGGAUUCCUGACUGACCAAUCAGAUGGCAGUCAGAUGUUUUUUUUCUGAACAAAGUGAGCAUUGAAACACCAAUCAGCCCUGCUGGGAGGCACUUUAUUUUGUACACAGAUUAGGGUGCUCAAAGAAGCACAUCUGUAAAAUAAGUCAAAUAUGCACCAAGUGUUGUUUUAUCAAGCUCUGUAAGUAUAGGACUGCAAAGAGAGAAGACUAAAAAGAUAUUUUAUUUUACAGAGAUGUUUAUAAAAGAACCAUAGUGUGUAAGUGUAUAUACAUACAGUGACAUGUAUAUAGAGUUCAACACUACUGAUGAUGUGAAGAUGUGUACCAAUAACGGGUAAAGAAAUACCCGUUAUGAAGGAAAUGGAAUGGGGGAUGGUCACGUGUUGGGGGAUGGUCACGUGUUGGGGGAUGGUCACGUGUUGGGUGAUGGACACGUGUAUCUGCCUUUUGCGCUUUGUAAAUAAGUGCUUUUGGGUGACACGCACUGUAAAUUGCACUCAUGCUAAUGCAGCAGAGACUGGUAGUGUCUGGGGGGGGGGGGGGGGGUCGCCGACACGCACCCAUCCUCACCCAUGAGAACUCCAGGGGGGGUGCGACACGCCACUGAACACUAUCGCUAAUGUCUGCUCCAUCCUGUGUCUCUGUGCUGAAAUACAUCAUUUGAAUACUUUCCUUUUAACAAGAUUUUGCCGAUAAAAGAGCGUUUUCAUCGUGUGAUUUUUAUUUUAUUUUCCUUCUUUCCUCCGUCCACCUCCAAUGGGUCGAAUCACGUUUGAUCCCAAAAGCCGCGCUGCCAGGAAUACCUAGACGUGUUUCAUUAACUAGAGCGCCGCAUCCUCUGAGCCUUCAGAGCUGACGUAUUGUGCCUUUCUCCCCCGUUAAUCCUUAUUUUUCCCUAUGCAAUAAAAUGUUCUGGCUCGCUAUCAGAAAUACCCAGAAUGCCACUUUGCUCCACAUCCCUCGCUAGGCCAUUUCCCCGCGACGCGGAUGAUAAAUGUCUCUGGAUAAGACUGGCUAGCGACGGUCUCCUUUUAUCUCGUAACUGCGGAGGCAGUGACCAAUAACCACGGACCUAUCAGCCGCUAUCGGCUUGUGCUUACUGCUGGCCGCCUUCUCCUACAAUAGCGCUGUCUGGUUUGGCGGCCUCACCCUGUCGUCCGCGUAAUCAGGGCCUGCUGUGUGCCGGCGUUGUCUGUAGUGGUCAUCUUCUCAUUGUUGGGAAGGCAAUACAGACACUCCAUCCGCUGCACUUGCUGGGGGUCAAACUGUUAUCUGUUCUAGUCCUGCUGGUCGAGUGCACAUCUCCGCCCUUCUGACAUUCUGCGGUUUCAAUGGGCUUCUUCCCAAAAAGAAUGAUUUCUUUAAUUUACCCUUGUGCAGCUUUCAGGUUUUUUUUUUUCAAUACUUACUCGAGCCACUGAAUGAAGCAAUUUAUCCUUUCCUCCCCUACAUGUAAGAAAUACCGUCUUAGGAGUUUAAAAGCAUACGAUAGGUUGGUGUUUGACCAAAUGUGUAACUGGUGUUAAUCGCUGCUUUGUGCUGUCUUGCGUCAUUUUUCCUGUAUGCUUAUACCGUUUGCGGGCUUUAACGUGCCGCAGACACUCGUGAAACAAGUUUCCCUGAUUUUUUUUUUUUGAUAAUCCACUUAUUUUUCCAAGAUUCUAGUAAAUGAUCUGACUAGACCAGUUUUUCAGAGCUGACAAUAGUCUAAUAAAAUCAGUGUGUGUACAACAUGCAUGUAUUUGUGAACGCUGUUUGUGUGUGUGUGUGUGUGUGUGUGUGUGUUUUCAUUCAGGUUUUCUGCUCUCUGACUCCAGUGCAUCCCUGCCUGCCGUCCGCCAUUGCAGUAUGUGUGUGUAUAUUAACCCUGCACAAUGUCUUAGGACCACGCUUAACAUAAAAAAAAGUUGUUGGCUCAUUCAAGGACAAAGUGUCCAGGCCAGGCUGCUGGUUUCCAGACCCAUUCGCUCGCCCCUCCCUCAUUUUGCUGGACAUGUCUGUGUGUUGACACUGUCCCCGGGUCGCCUGUGUGGCGUCACACGUGUCACAUGCGGAGUCGGACUUUGCAGCACUGCCUUUCCGCCGAUCUUCACUUAACCUGCCUGUCUGCAGUAGGCGUGUGCUUUGCUGGGGCCAGAUUCCCCCACCAUCCCGAUUGUAGGAGGGACUGCUGCUGACAUCCGUAGGGUGAAUAGCUCAGUGUUCGGAAAGGAAAGUUGAAUUUUAAUGAUGCAUUCUGACUUAAGAAAAAAAAUUAUGUUAAGAAAGUUUAAGAGGUUAAUAUUACUUCUUUAUUAAAAUGAAACUGAGCAUAAUAGCUUAACUAUAAAGAGACUGAAAUUAAAUUGUUGUAUAGCAGUGGAACAGACAUCCUGACAGCCCAUAAUGUGUCCUGGUUAUGGAUUUCCUGGAUGAAAGCUUUAAGAAAGAUGUCAUGCGAUGGUUGCCGUUGCCCGAUGCUUCUCCGAAAUGUCUGGCCACUGGUCCCCUUGCCAGCCAGCGGUUUGCUCCUCUGUCCACUGAUUUACAUGGAGAUUAACUUUUCUAUAAUUUUAAAGUGUACAGAUUAUAAAGCUUGAUAAUAAAAUUAAGUGCAUUAACUGCAA